AACUGGCAUCGUGCCAGCUACCGACACAGUGACUCCGUGCCAAUGCCAUAACUGCCAGUCCUCUACUGUAGUAGUGUCAGGUUGCCAGAACUUACAGCCAUACACAUCUCUUAAAGAAUGAUUCAUGUAUUACUGAUACAGUAAACAGAUAACGUUAGCUUUCUUGUCCCUCCACUGAGAAAUGGACUGGUGAACAAGGCUGAUAAGUGGUUGAUUAUUCCCGAGGUUUUAGUGUUCAAGGGUGACCUUGGCUGCCACCGUGCCCCGUGACCAAAGUUUAGAGAAUUUUAUGUUCUCUAAACUGUGUUGUUAUUAAACGGUGCCUAGUGUUCAGUGCUCGUCACACCACGCAACAUGGGGGAAGUCACAGUGGCUGUACUGGUAACACUGCACUGUUCAUGACAUCCGGUGUGUUGCCACCCCCAUUAGGGGGCAGCGGAUUCCUGGGACAACACGUGGUCUUUGAGCUUCAAAAGGAGGCGCAGAAGAUGCAUAAAGGGAAAGGCACCCCGCAAAAUAGUGAGGGCGAAGUGACGGCGAAGACGGCAGAAGAGACUAACCGGCUGAGGUGCAUCAAGGAGAUCCGAGUCCUGGACGUGAAACCUUACAACCCCUGCCUUGUGCCACCUGCGGGAGCAUCAACUAAAGUGGUAUUCCAGAAGUGUGAUGUGCGGGACUUAACACAGCUGACGAAAGCAGUGGAGGGAGCUGCCGCCAUCAUCAACUGUUCUGCCGUCACCCCUAACUUACUGCGAGAAGACCUGGGCUGCGACGACCACAUGUACCAAGUCAAUGUGGACGGCAUAAAGAAUGUGGUGAGUGCGUGUUGCAGGUCAGGGGUAAGGGCACUCAUCCAUACCAGCACCCUUUCUGUCAAGGUGGCAGGUACCAAGCUGUUGGGGCACACAGAGACUCUCACACCCCACAUCGCCGAGAAUAACCUCACGCUCGGAAACUACGCGAGGAUGAGACUGCGUGCCGAGGAGAUUGUCUUGGGUGCACACGACAUGUGUACAGACACAGGAGACAUUCUACAGACGAUAGUGCUUCGGCCGCCACUGCUGUAUGGUGAGGGGGACCCCAGCUUCGUGCCUUACAUCCUACGUCUCGCCAGUGCAAGUGGUAACAGACUCCCCUCCGUGGGUAACCCUGCAGCCUUCCUCCAGGCUGCCUAUGCUGGCAACUUGGGCGUGGCUCAUGUGUACGCGCUGAAACACUUGCUCAAUGGCCCUGCUGGGGGUGUGCAGGGGUGUGGUGGGCUGCCCAUGUACGUAACAGACGACACCCCACCCAACAACCUACCUGGAUUGGCCGAGCCAUUCCUUCACCACCUGCACCUUCAGCCAUCACGCAACACUUCAUACUGGGUUCUCUACCUCUUAUUGAUACUCAGCAGUCUCUGGGCUUUUGUUUGGUCUCUUUUGGGCUAUAAUAGUGAGGGAAUACCUUCGUCUCUGCCGUUACUCCCUCUGCACCGCUCUGCCAGCACCAUAAUUGUUGUGAGUCGCAUGCGGGCAGAAUUGCAUACAGGCUAUACUCCAGCCUACACCUGGGAGGAGGCGAGACAACGCUCGAACUCUUAUUACACUAAAAAUCUUAUGUAACUUAAUGCAUUAAUAAUACCGUCCACCUCUGUUAGCCCUGAUUUGGCCGGCCAACUGCUACAGCUACGGUAAUAUAUAUAUAUAUAUAUAUAUAUAUAUAUAUAUAUAUAUAUAUAUAUAUAUAUAUAUAUAUAUAUAUAUAUAUAUAUAUAUAUAUAUAUAUAUAAUAAAACAAGUUGUAAAAUAGUACAAAUUGUAAUAAAGCUAUCGAUUUGAUAGUUUUGCAAGUGAAUUACAUGAGUGAUACUAGGAUCAGGGUAAUAUUUUAACUAUUAACAUUUAUGUACACCAAUACUUGAAAAUAAUUGUCCAUGAUAUCUAUUAGUAUAACACUGAUCAUGUUAGUGGUGUUAAUGCAUGUUUCAGGUCCAUUAGAAUAAUUUGUAAUUUACUUAAUUAUAAACCAUUAGCAUGAUAAA